AUGUCCAGUCCUCUGAGUGCAAGUGUGUACAGCUCGUCAAAGAAACGGAUUCUACAGGGCAGUCCAAAUGUUACCAUGUUACAACGCACCCGACUCACUCCUUUACCUGAUCCUCUUCUCCAGGAAAAGUUGUGUAAGGAUGCGCAUGCCAUUUCAGUCCUAAAGCAGCGACUUCUGGUACUGGAACGCGAAGUCUCAGCUGGAACAAAGUAUCGUCACUUGGCCGAGAAGCAGACUGCGCAGCUCAGUCGGGAGAAUCGACGGCUUCAAGUGGACACCACACAGCAGCAACUUCGCAUCGAUGAGCUGGACAAGACUGUGCUCCGACAACAUCACGAAUACGACAAACUCGCAGCACGCUACGCUGCUGUGUACGCGAAUCUCCAGAAGCUCCUGGACCAGCAAAACCCUCUGGAGAACUCCUCAGCCCAGCAGAGCGCUCUCCAGGCGUUAGCACGGGAGAACCAAGACUUCCUUCGUAAGCUUCGGGUGUUAGAGGCUCGCCACGCCGAAGAUAAGACCCUCACGUCUACCCAAGACAAGAAGAUUAAGCGUCUGAAAGCCGAGAUGGAAGCUCUGCAGCAUAUGAGCGAGGCCAAAAGUCGAGAAGAUGAUUUUGACGAAGCGGCUAGCGACAUCGAUCAAGUCUCCCGCUUCACCAGGCAAAAGAAACGCCCCGAGGGCGACAACAAUCACAAAGGUCGACCCGCUAGCGCGUCAUCACCAGCAUCCGUCGCAUCGUCCACUCCGAGAAGAGCAGGAUCCUCGACAAGGGUGCAGGUUGUCCAGACAUCAGCUCUCGGAGCAGCCAGUCAUCUCGUCACAGCCGAAGCCUACCAGUACAUCGACCCCAACAUCUUGAAGGUGCUGGAGAAAGUGGACUCGCAGUUCAGCAUCACCAACGCCAUCAACUUGUCUGUCGUGCUCAAAAAGUGGCUCAAUAGCUGCAUCCACGUCGUCUGCUCCACUCACCUCCCCACCGUCUUGCAGACGUUACUUAAGCGAGUGUGCGAAUUGUUACACUGCGAACACGCCGCUCUCUUCACAGUCGACCACGCGACUCGAAAGCUGGUCGCCGUAUGCUCUGAACGCGGCAUCGAGCGUUGGGAGCUGCCGCUGGACAAAGGAAUCGCGGGGUAUGCGGCACGACACAACACGCUCUGCAACGUGCACUGCGCCAACGACGAUCCGCGGUUCUACAGCUCGACAGACUCCGUCACAGGCUCAACGUCGCGGGAAGUCUUGGCGCUUCCCAUUGUGCACGAGCUCCAACUUUAUCUCGCCUCGCACGCGGUGCACAGUGGCGACAGCAACCGUCUCGGCGUCUUCGCUGUGCUUCGAGCUUGGAACACAAACCACCAGAAGCCUUUCUCGCCCAACGACCAGAUUCUCGGCAGUCUGCUGGCCAUCCAAGCGGGGAUCCUGCUGCGUCAGGCGGCCGUGACGAAAACGCUGCAGAAAAUCAACCACAAAACGCACGAGAUCCUGCAGCUGCCGAGCGAUAUCCUGGUAGCGGUGGCGCAGCAGCAGUUGGGAGACUGUCUGCGCAUCAAGCAGGUCCGUCUCUUCGUGCUGGACGCUGCUGCGCUCAAGUUGUGGCACGUGGGCCAACGAGAAGCUGACGACGGCAACGAUCCUGCUCUCGUUCGCCGCUACGUGACCGCCCAAGCUUCGCUCUGUUCUCUCCUGCUACGCACCGACGCAGCAGCCAUCGUCGUCUCCGAGCCCUCAGCCGAGGCGGCAUUUAACGAGACUGUGGACAUCCCUGGCGGCGCUCGUGGGUUGUACCUCGUUCCGAUUCUCUCGCCGUGGGGACACACAGCGCAGCCGCUGGGGAUGCUGCAAGUCUCUCGAGUGGCCAAAGCUCGACUCUCGGCUUCUCCUUUCACUCUCACAGUCAGACCGAAGACCGACUGA